AUGCAAUCGAAACACCUCCCUGUCCCAAAUGGAAUGACAUCAUUCUGGCGAACAGAGCCGCACGCUCUGGAUAGCCAUCGGUCUACUGAGUUGCUUCCCAACGAAUGCGAUAUUGUCAUCAUAGGCGCUGGAUAUGCAGGCGCUUCGCUUGCACACCAUAUUCUUAGUCAAAUCAGUCCAGGAUCUCAGCCUCCUUCAAUCGUGAUUUUGGAGGCGAGGCAGGCUUGUUCUGGUGCUACUGGUCGAAAUGGGGGCCAUAUGAAGCCCGAUAUAUAUAAUGGCAUCGCUGGCUUGGCAAAUGAGCAUGGUGUUGAGGCCGCGGCAGAAGUUGCGGCUUUUGAAGCCAAACAUGUCUCGUAUCUGAAAGACUUUGUCGCCAAAGAGAAUAUUGACUGCGAUUAUUCUGUCACUGAAGCAAUUGAUGUCCAAUUAUCUCAGGAUCAUUCUGCGAGGCUCAAGGAUGGAUACGAAAACUUGAUUGAGAAUGGAUGUGAGCCCACAAACAAAGCAACAUAUAUUGGCAAGGAAGAAGCUGAACAAUUCUCCGGAGUCAAAGGUGCUCAGGGCUGUUUCACAUAUGAAGCGGGCCACAUUUGGCCGUACAAAUUCGUGCUCCAUCUUUUGAAGAAGGCUGUUGCACGAGGUGUGAAUCUGCAAACGCAUACCCCAGUAUCUGAGAUCACGAAGUGCACUGAUUCGGCAUCGACUCAUUCUUGGACCGUGAACACCGCUCGAGGCUUAACCUCAGCUAAAAAGGUGGUUCUGGCAACAAACGCAUACACCUCCUCUCUGGCUCCGCAAUACAAGGAGAAAAUAAUUCCUGUCCGUGGAACAUGUUGCCGCAUCAUCUCUCCGCCUGGUACUUUGGCGCCGAAGUUGACUAAAACAUAUACACUUCGCUGGAACAACUGGCAUUAUGAUUACCUCAUUCCGCGCGCUGAUGGUAGUAUUGUUGUCGGAGGAGCCCGACCUGCUUUCAUCGAUAAUCUGGACAGCUGGUACAAUAUCAGUGAUGACAGUCGGGUACUCGAGCCUGCUGUUAGAUACUGGGAUAACUACAUGCAGAGAAACUUUGUUGGUUGGGAAACCAGUCAUGCCUACACCGAUAGGGUGUGGACGGGAAUCAUGGGCUACUCGUCAGAUGGACUCCCACAUGUGGGUCAUGUCCCAGGACAAAAAGAUCAAUACAUCCUUGCGGGGUUCACUGGGCAUGGGAUGCCGCAGAUCUUCCUCGCUGCGGAGGGUUUGGCAACAAUGAUACUCAAUGAUGUUGACUACGGACAUACUCGAUUACCGCGCCUGUUCGAGUCUACUUCAACCCGACUGGAGAGCUCCCAGAACAAGAUAUUUGCCGGUACUCCAGGAGAUGAGAAGCCGCAAGCAAGGUUGUGA